UGAUCAGUACAGUAGCGCACCGAUCCCGAUGUAUGUGUAGAUUCCGAUCUGAGACCAGCGCGUCACUCGUUCAGUCAGACGCUGUAAACAAACACUAAAAAGCUUCGACACUCGGGCCGAUAUCCAUGAAAUCUACAGAAUGGAAAUAAGGCUUCGGAUUAUGGCACACUUUCGUGUUUUAUUGUGUGUUUCUCUCCUGUUUAUUAUUUCUAGUCUGUUUCCGGUGUGUGUUGCCAUAGAUGUUUAUACUCCAGCCGAAUUGUUUGUUGGGAAUGGGACCACAGCGACGUUGGUGUGUAGUUUUACAUCUAAAGAGGUGGUCAGCAGUACAGCAUCAGUCAGCUGGUCAUUUCUACCCGAGGGCGAGACGGGAAAUCCCACCUCUUUCUUCUAUCACACCGGUGGGAAAGUGUUUCCCGGGUCUAAUCCACAGUUUAAGUCCCGUGUGGAGUGGGCCGGAGACAUGAACAAGAAGGACGCUUCCAUCCGUGUGAUCCAGAUGCAGUUCAAGGACAACGGAACGUUCACGUGCGACGUGAAGAAUCCUCCGGACAUCACCGGCCAGCCGUCCGCCACUAAAGUCCGAGUGGUCAUGAAAGAGUCUCUUCCUCAGACCAGUACAGCUGUGAUCGUUGGUGGAGUGAUCGGAGCCGUGAUCGGCAUCAUCAUCAUCUCUGUGGUCAUGUAUCUGAUCGUCAGGCGACAGGAACCCAGUCGAGACUACGAGGGCUGCACCUCAGUAGAGAGCGUGAGCUCACAGAACACACGUGUAGGGAAGAAGGCGGAGUCAAGCACAGACAACUCAUCUUGCUCCAGUCCCUCUGCUCCCUUACAGGGCCCGGUGAUUUACGCUCAGCUCGAUCACUCCGGCAGUAAGAACUCCUUCCACAAGAUGGAGCCGGUGGUCUACGCAGACAUCCGGAAGAACUAGAGCGACUGCAGGGUUAUUGCAUGUGCGUCUUUAUAUCCAUUCACAUUACAAAAGAAUCUAUGAAAGCAGACAGACAGACAGACUGUUACGUGCUCGGCCGGGUGGGUUAGUACUGGACUGAUGAUUUCUCGUGUUGUAGUUUUUCUUGCUUCUUGUGCCGUUGUUGGAUGUUUGUAUGUGUAUUGUAAAUGCUAGUUUAUUAUCAUCACCACGUAUUAAGACUAAUAAUGCCAUUCAGAUGCUGACAGCGAUAGAGGGGCAGAAUAAAAACAUUUCAUAGCCUAACGCAUUGUUGCAGUAUUGUUAUGACAAUUGAGCAACAUUUCACCCCAUAUUGUCAUGACUGUAAUGUAAUUACAAAGACUUUUUAUUCACUACAUUUUAGAGUAAAUAUGAAAUUCUGUUUUGAACUGACAUUUUGUUUUUUUUACCGUUAUACUGUUCUUCUGUUUUAAAUAAGUUUUAAAUGUAGGUUAGGGAGGAGCCUAAACAUUCAGUCCUGUCCAUCAUCAUUAUGGGCGUAUAUAAGCAGUGAUCGCUCUUCCAGCAUCCCUCCUCCUCCUCUUCAUCUCCGCUCUUUUCUUUCUGCAGGCAGUUUCAUUAUAGGGAUAGCUACAGGUUUGAGUCCCCUAUGACGACAGCAAGACGAGAUUAUUUACCGUUAACUAUUUGACUCAAUGGGUGAAGUUACGUUUUUUUUGCAUUAUAAUGAUUCUUGGUUAUCAAAGCAAAGCUGUUAUCAGGUGUGAUAUGACUUCAGUCUGAUGAAGAUGAAUAAUCUCACGGUACAAUAACAUUAGGGAAAUAAAGCACUACAUUAUUAUAUAUGACUUGAGUCGCUGUUGGCAUCAGGAUGAUUUCUAGUAAAGUUAGCGUGCACGGCUCAACGGCUCCAACGUUGUUCCUGAAGGACAUCUGUCCGGCAUAUUUUAGUUUCAGUCCUUUUCCAACACACCUGCUUGAUCUUAGGUACCCAUGAAGAUCUUGAUUAGCAGGUUCAAGCGUUUGAUUGGGGUUGAAAUCUGCAGGAAUCAACAGGGUUGGAGACCCAUGAGUAAGACUAAUCAGCUAGUUAUAAUGACACUAAAGUUACUGUAUAGUUCAUUUAGAAAUAUUCAGUAUUAGUUUAGUAACUUAAUUCUUCUUCAGGGCCAAUGGGGAAACAAUAUGUCGUUUCUCGUUUAAACACUCCAUUUUUUAUUCCUACAUUCCUGUUCAUUGUCAUAUUUGCGUUAUAACUUAAAAAGUGAGGUUAUUUUUCUUUGUUGUAAACGUUCAGCUGGUUUAAAGAUGAACCAAACAAAGCAAUGAGCGAUUGUUUCUUCAAAUGUAUGAUGCUGGACUCUUGAUGCUUGUGUUUAUGUUUUGCAAAGAUGAUUAUUUUUUUAUUGUUAAGAGAGAGAGAGAGAGAGACCAGCAGUUAAUGCAACAUUCCUUUAAUGCCACUUUUGUCUCUUGUACUGUACGGUUGCAAUAUUGCACUGUUAGAUUUGUUAUGUGUUAACUGGAACAUUGUGCCUUCAGCAUUCAUAAACUAACUCCUCAUGCACACCUUGCAUUGUUUUUCUUUAUUGCCCUUUUGUAUAUGAAUACAACUGUAUCUGUCUAAUUUUAUACAUACAUGCAUUAUAUAAAUAUAUAUAAAUAUA